CGCCAUCCUCAGGCAACCCUGUUUCACACUGACGUCGCCUGCCAUGUGGGACUGUUGCCGGCAAGCCACGGCUCCGGCGCCGGUGCACCAGCGGCUCUUCCCCAUGUAUGUGGUCAAGGUGACUGACUUCCUCAGCAUGCAGGCCGUGCCGGAGCCACACGAUAUCUUGAAAGCCAGGGGCUUGCUGCAUGAGUGGGUCCCGGGCAUGUUCUCGAUAUUUGUAUCUCAUCAAUGGCUGGGCUCGAGCCAUCCGGACCCAGAGGGCGCGCAGGCGGCGAUUCUGCGCCAGGCCUUGCAGCGGAUGAUCCAAGGCAAGCUGCACGUGGAGGAGGACCUGGUCUCCUACCCGCAGACCAGGCGGCUGUCCAGCAAAGAGCGGCAGCAGAUCGCCUCUGGCUACCUCUUCUUCGACUGGUUCGCAAUCCCUCAGAUCACUGCCAGGCUGCCUGGGGUGAAUGAGGACCUCACCAGGACGCAGGCGGCCAAAGCGGUGCAGAGCAUCCCGGGCUACGUGGAGGUGGCAGACCUCUUCCUGGCGCUGGUUCCGGAGAUUGUGCACACAGAGACGGGGGUGCGCUGCAACUAUGCGUCCUGGCUGUCACGGGGCUGGUGCCGCGCAGAAGGGUGGUGCCACUUGUUGUCCAACAAGCUGGACACCAGUGUGAUCGUGGUGUACUCUGGUCAGGAGUCAGAGUUCAUGUUCUCCUUGAACUGGCAGCGGCACAAGAUCCUGGAAGGGAACUUUACCGUGGAAGACGACCGUGCGGUGGUGGGCAAACUGGGAGAGGUUGCGCUGGACAGUAAGAUCGAACAUUUGCGGAGGACCGGGGACGUCACCCUGUACCGCUACUACAUAGCUUUCCGCCCCAUCUUGCUGGGCCAGGAGAAGCCCGAUAUGGACCUGGAUGAGUUCAUCAAAUACUUUCACUUUGAAAGCAUUGGUGCUGCCAUCAAUGACGGCCCCAUGAACGGCUUGGUGUGCGCAGUGUUCGCCGGCAACGUGCCCAUGGUUCGCCUCCUUGCCGAGCACCAAGCAAACGUAAAUCAUCGCUUGUGCGGCUUGGGCAGCCUUGGGUACUUUGAUUCGCAGACGGUGCUCAUGGCAGCAGCCAAGUCCGAGCAAAUGCCAGAGAUGCUCUCGACACUGAUUGAGCUCAACGCGGACGUGACGGCAACCACGCGGGUUGGAAUCAACUGCGCUUACCUGGCCAGAUCUCCGGGGCAUGUCCGAGUGCUUUGCGAGGCGAAGGCGGAUUUGCAUUCCACCAUGGUGCCCACGGGCCUGACGCCCAUUGCAGGGCCUGUCGUGUGGGCGAGCCCGGACACGGUUGCAGCCAUGCUGGCGGCGAAGUGCGAUCCCAAUCCUGCGGUUGGAGGCGUCGGCUACGGGCCUUUGCAAGCCCUGGCCCUGCUGGCCCGGUCAAGACAGGACAACGUCACAGUGGCACGCAUGCUUCUGGACAGCCGGGCCGACCUGGAUUCCAGAGCGGCUCCGAAGAGCGUUUGGAUACUGUUGUGCGGCGCUGCUCGCGCACAUGCUGCGCUGUGGGGAAUGGAGAACAGCUCCAGUCUCAAGAAGUGCCUGGUGAGCAUGCCGGGCCUGAGCCCUUUGGGCGCCGCAGCCUUUGCGGGGGAUGAGGCGCUGUGCCGCCUCUUCCUGGACCGCGGCGCGGCGCUGGAGCCCAACUACCACGGCAGCUUCCCCGAGGACUUGGCGAAGCUGAACGGGCACAACCACCUGCUGCCCUUGCUCUCCAGAUUCUCGGUGUGAGGAGCCGGGCCACGUCACUUCCACAGCGGUCAUUGUGGCCCUCUUUCGCCCAGACUAGUCCUACCUCCCUUUGGGUGGUUCAGACGGAACCCUGAUAUAAUAAACCAUAGGAGUCACUGUAGACCUCAUAGGACACACUGCAAUGCCCUAAGCAUAGUGACAACCGAUUCCUGGCGGUGUGCCAAGUUUACUAUGGUGCUUGGCCUUGAAAUGCAAGGCAUCUCGGUGAGUCCAAUUGCGACUCUGUCGUGUUUUUUAGAAUCACAAAACUUGUGGCCCAGACUUCGUAGAACCCACUGGCAAACUUUGCGGAUUUGUUUUGCCAUGUUUUGCCGCAUAGUUGGCAGAAUCCCAUGUUACUCAGGCUUGCGCCUUAGUUGUUUGUCUUUGAAUGGUCCGGGGUGAUGUGCGCAACGUAGAAGGCCGAAGGCCCAACUUUUCGUUGGAGACCUUGAGAAGUCCAUCCCCAAGGGACGGAGAGAUGCAGAAAUUCGUCUCACCUGUCAGACGAUUGCAGUUGGCUAAGCCACGCUACAGACGUACUCAAAGAAGCCAUGAGAACACGCGACCUGGUUUGAUGUGCCGCGCGGUC